AUGCAGCAGCACCCACCAGGGUUAGGAGGGCGCUUCUUGGGUAUGCUGUCCCCUGGCCAUGGGGCAAGAAAGCUGGAAGGGAAAUCCUUCUACCUGGACGCUGUGAAGAGUCGCCCUGCAGCCUUUCUUGUGGAGGCCAUAUCCCAUCUCGGAGGGGUAGGAAAGCUGCGAGGUUCCGGAAUUGGGGCAAAUGAAGCCCCUGGGGGGAGGGGCAUUAGAUAAUUGACAUGCUGGAAUUAUUCUGUAGUAGACACUUGACCGAGAGAUAGACUUCUAUAUAUUUUCAUUUAAUAUUUUAUAGAGCUAAGCCUCAAGGUGGACUCCAGCAAUAUGACAUGAUUAUAUGAUGAUACAUGCAAUGAUACUUAUUUUGUUAAAUGUUUGCAGAGAAUUGAGAGUUUCCUGAAUAAGGAUGUCAGCUUUGUUGUAACUGGGAGCCUAGAGAGACUCCAAAGUGAGAGGUUCGAAGUGACCCGAGGUGGGUCAGACGGGAUGAGCAGGGAGUGUCCCAGCUCUCCCCGCUCCACCAAACCGAGAGAGAGCAUCAUGACCAGCACCAGGCAGCAGCGUCCAGCCACUGGCACUCCCAGACCAACGGUAUGGCCUUCCAUCCCAGUGCCAUAUGGCUGUCCACAUAUUGCUGUCCUACCCUACUUUGCAGUGCGUUAACAUCACACCAUCUUUAAUAUAAUAUCUAUUUUUAUUCACAGAAUAUCAUAGCAUUUAUUUGUAUUCUGUAGUUCAUUCAUGGCUUCUUGGAUGUGGUCCUUACUGUGUUAGAGCUUCUGCUUGUAUUAAAAGGAACUGGUAUGGGGAUUCUCAUCGCUGUUUGUUUCUGCAGGUGUGUGGCAGCCGCGGGAAGGCCCUGCUAGAGAAAGCCAUUAGGAAUAAUGUGAGUGCUUUAAUUAGGUUGAUUCUGUGGCCUGAUUUCAAACUGACCCCUACCCUUACACAGGGUUAGGGCUCGAGGUUGAUUUGAAAACGGGUUGUCAUGGCCUUGCGGUUGGUUUCCAUGUGUGAUAAUGGAUCUUCAUUUUCCCAUGUUAGACCUUGUAACACGAAAACACUGUAUCGAUGGUUUUAUCUUUCAGGAACGGCUUCAGGGGAACAGUGUUUUGGCCAACGCCCGCUCCUGGGGAGUCAAGAUAGUGCACGUGGACGGUAUCCUUUUCACUACCAAACACCUGUGUAGAGCUCACAUUCUCGUCACUCAUACCUUUUUAGGUUGACUAACUACUUUAACUACUCAGUUUGUCACAGAAUCACCUUGUGUUGAGGUGUCCUACUGUUUGUGUGUCAAAUGUAGCCUGGCAAUUUACAUAUCCAAGGAACCUUAUUCUGUUGUGCUGUAUUGAUCCUAAGCUGACAGCAGAUGGCGCCGGAUCAAUUUCUUAGUCUAGCCUGAGCUAUUUGGCUCUUAACAAGACUAUGGGCCGUAUAAUUAAAUGUGAUCCUUAAUUUAGAUAAAGAUCUCCUGACGCAUGUCCAACUGUUGACAGCAGAGAGCUCCAAGGCCAGACGCAGGAAGACUGAGGUAAUGUGGUACACCAACCUGUUAGACCUUGUCUAUCCUUAUUUAUUAUUUUACACUGAGGACUGACUAAUUUGCUUGUUUGAAAUACUUGCAUUAAUAAAGGGCUGACGUUAACCUUUUCCCAUUUUUUGGUUUAGCUGAAAAAUCCCAACAAGUAUCCUGCUGUGUCUCGUGUCAUCAAAGGUCAGUGAAUGUUUUACUAUUUUAUUAUUUUAGACUAUGGAAAUGUGCUGUGCUGUCCAUUGACUUUCAUGCUAUUGAUGACGUGUCAAUGGGUGUUCUGCCCCUAUAUAUUCCUCAGCAUUUUCUUUCUCCCUUUGUCCACAGCUGGUGCUUUGAAGUCCCCCUAUCUGAAGGUAGAGGACUCAAGCAGGUAGGUCCCUCUAUCCUCCUCUCUCCAACAACCAGGCUAUUAACUGAAAUGGACAAAUACUUUUCACCAAAUGUAAUUCCCAAUGUAGCCAAGAUACAUGGCGGCAUAUUUCAAUUUCAUCCGACAAAAUGACACACUGCUCAGCUCGGCUAUAGACCGAUGUAGCAUCAACAGUUACAAUUGAUAGCUGGCACUAAAAUACCAAUAUAUGGACACAUUUCAUCAGAAUAAUUCACAACGCAAACUCAAUAGCCUUUCACAAUGGAUUUACAAUUCUUCCAAUGCGCAAACACACACACACACACUCAUAAUACUAUGUGAAAUAUUACACACACAUAUAUGAUAAAAUACGGUUCUAAUGACCUUUCCAUAUCAACAAUCAAAAUGACUGGACAAUGCAGUUGAAAAUGUCGAAAACGUGGCUCAUCAAAACAAAAUUCUAGAUUCAAAGGGAUGUGGUCUGAUUCAACAGUAGCCUAACCUGCAAAUUGCAAAGAAAAUGCAUUUAGGCCUACCAUUACAUGCAAAUUAAGUCUGUUCUUCUGGUGAACCUCUCGGUGACAGAGUUGUAAAAGUCACAGCACAACCCCAUGUCCAUUAUUUUAUUCUGUAUGCACACAGCAGGCCCACGGCCAUGGGAGACGCAUCCCCAAGGCCCAUUAUGUCCACAAAGCAAAAGUAAAUGUCCAAGAUGUGUAAAAGUCUGGGUAAAAAAUAUGAAUUUGUAAUGACGUUUCAGACAAGUGGACAGUCCAGGACUCAAUGUUCGCCUACCUAACAGCUAGCAGUAAGGGAGAUGGUGUCAUGGUGAUUUCCUGUCAUGUCAGGUCUUGUGUGUAGAGCUCCUGUAUGCUGCCUCUGUCUGGUCUUAACUUUCAUUAUAGUUGACGUUCCGCUCUUCAACUCUGAUGUUCCAAACAGUACGUUACAUUAUUCCAACUUGGAAAAUAGUUUUGAGGUGCAAUAGUGUUCAGUUGACAGGUUGUUUUUGCAAGCUAGCUAGCUUUGUUCAGUUCAAGGGAUGCGAGUGCCAACUUAUGUAGACACACCCAAAUGUGUACAGCUUACCCCAGGCAAUACCCACACAACAUGUUUAGGCAAUACGCAUGUGCAAAAUAUGAAAUCGGCUCGAAUGAAGCUACUUCAAGCUAGGCAAAGCAGCGACACCUAUGCUGACCCUGUCCAUUAACAAUGACUGUAGUCAGGAAAGGCUGCACAUGUAAAGGAUGUUAAUGGAUUUGAAUGGCUGGAAAGAAAUGCAUGAAUACCCUGGCACCUUCCCUGAGGUUUUGAUGCAGUUUUAGCACAUUUUCAGAAUUUGAGCAUAAAUACCACCAGAAUCAUUGAGAGAAAAACAUUAGAUAACAAAAAAGAAUGACAAUUUUAUUUGGCUUUUCAUAACAGCUUUUUACAAUUUGAUUAUCACAGGGCACCGCCUACCAUGACUGCAUGUCACUGGUGGAGAUGCUCUGCCCCCGGCCUUUGUAUAUCCUCUCCACCACCCCACCCGAUGCUAGCUUAGGAGGCUAGUGUUUCAGCCAGGCUGAUUUCCUUAAUUGAACUUUUAGAACUCCCCUGACUGUUAGGUAAUGUGACGAGUGUCAUCAGCGAGGCAGGCAGUCGGGCUGCUCCCUGGGAGCCCAUGGCUCAAGCGGGGGAUACAGUUUCUUCUGUUCCACCUUGCAUUUGCAAGCAGCCCUGUAUUGGAUUCAAUGGACACGAAUGUGGACUCGAUGUGCUAAAAGCAAUUUUCAGCAGCCCUAUCAUUUAAGCUAAUUAAAGGGCCAUGCCUGCUCAGCUAAGGUACAUGAGAAAUUGAGCCCGUGGACUGUGACAUCUGAACCCGUUUGGUUGUUAGCUGGGUCAUGUUCAUUAGGACACACCGUAGCAAAACAUUAAAUGGGAAUCAAUAAUUUCUUAUUGGACAGAUGGUACUCCUCUUUUUCUGAGCGAUUUCUAACUUUUCGUACCUACUGAACACGACCCAGGUCUUAGUUGGGGUCUGUUUGAUACAAGUCAAGGCUUAGACCUUACUGCAGUGUACAGUAUUUACAGUGCAUUCGGAAAGUAUUCAGACCCCUUCCCUUUUUCCAAAUUUUGUUACGUUACAGCCUUAUUCUAAAAUGUAUUAAAUUAUAUUUUUCCCUCAUCAAUCUACACACUAUCUAUCCCAUCAUGACAAAGCAAAAACAGUUUUUUUGAAAUGUUUGCAAAUUUAUUCAAAUAAAAAAACACAAAUACCCUAUUUCAGACCCUUUGCUAUGAGCCUCGAAAUUGAGCUCAGGUGCAUCCUGUUUCCAUUGGUCAUCCUUGAGAUGUUUCUACAUCUUGAUUGGAGUCCACCUGUGGUAAAUCCAAUUGAUUGGACAUGAUUUGGAAAGGUGCACACACCUGUCUAUAUAAGGUCCCACAGUUGAAAGUGAAUGUCAGAGCAAAAACCAAGCCUUGAGGUCGAAGGAAUUGUCCGUAGAGCUCCGAGACAGGAUUGCGUCGAGGCACAGAUCUGGGGAAGGGUACAAAAACAUUUCUGCAGCAUUGAAGGUCCCCGAGAACACAGUGGCCUCCAUCAUUCUUAAAUGAAAGAAGUUUGGAACCACCAUCACUCUUCCAAGAGCUGGCCGCCCAGCCAAACUGAGCAAUCGGGGGAGAAGGGCCUUGUGGAGAUGGAAGAACCUUCCAGAAGGACAACCAUCUCUGCAGCACUCCACCAAUCAGGCCUUUAUGGUAGAGUGGCCAGACAGAAGCCACUCCUCAGUAAAAGGCACAUGACAGCCCACUUGGAGUUUGCCGAAAGGCACCUAAAGGACUCUAAGACCAUGAGAAACAAGAUUCUCUGGUCUGAUGAAACCAAGAUUGAACUCUUUGGCCUGAAUGUCAAGCAUCACGUCUGGAGGAAACCUGGCACCAUCCCUACGGUGAAGCGUGGUGGCAGCAUCAUGCUGUGGGAAUGUUUUUCAGUGGCAGGGACUGGGAGACUAGUCAGGAUCGAGGGAAAUAUUAAUGGAGAAAAAGUACAGAGAGAUCCUUAAUGAAAACCUGCUCCAGAGCGCUCAGGACCUCAGACUGGGGCGAAGGUUCACCUUCCAACAGGACAACGACCCUAAGCACACAGCCAAGACAACGCAGGAGUGGCUUCGGGACAAGUCUCUGAAUGUCCUUGAGUGGCCCAGCCAGAGCCUGGACUUGAACCCGAUCGAACAUCUCUGGAGAGACCUGAAAACAGCUGUGCAGCGACGCUCCCCAUCCAACCUGACAGAGCUUGAGAGGAUCUGCAGAGAAGAAUGGGAGAAACUCCCCAAAUACAGGUGUGCCAAGCUUGUAGCAUCAUAACCAAGAAGACUCGAGGCUGUAAUCGCAGCCAAAGGUGGUUUUAACAAAGUACUGAGUAUAGGGUCUGAAUACUUACGUUAAUUUGAUAUUUCCGUUUUUUGAAUACAUUUGCAAACAUUUCUAAAAACCUGAUUUGGGGUAUUGUGUGUAGAUUGAUGAGGGGGAAAAAACAAUUUAAUCAAUUUUAGAAUAAGGCUUUAACGUAACAAAAUGUGGAAAAAGUCAAGGGGUCUGAAUACUUUCCGAAUGCACUGUAUGAUUUGUCUUAACAGCAUGUGGUCAAGUACAUUGAUCAAACCUAGCGUUAUCCAAGUGUAUAUUUUCUGCUGUGCAAUGACUUUCACCUUCGAUCUAAUUGUAGUAUCCAAUUCUCUCUCCUAUUUGUUAUGUAACCAGGAAAUACAAGGCCCUGCACAUGCAGUCCAUGACCUUCCCCACUCUGUGCUACUUGGGCCGGUUCAGUCCUUUUGAGCCCCCUGCACCCCCCCAGCCUGAGAGAGUCAAGGAGCAGGAACAAAGCAAAGCCAGGUAUAACACACUCACACACAGUGAACAGGCCACAAAGCCUAACCAUACUGGCCCUGGAACUCGGCCAUUGUUUGUUUUUAUCUCUCCGACCAUUGGUGCUCUUUUGAGGUUGGUGUCCGAUUGCAUUGGUGUACACAUUAUAUGGAUCAGACAAUACAUCUAAGCCUUCAUACAGAGGGAAGACACUUCUAUCUUUUUCCCCAUUAAAUAGACGGAUAAUUAAGAGUUUGGGUACAAGCCAGGACAAACCUCUAAGCCCUCUCCCACGCAACCCCUCACUUUGCCAAGCACGCAAAAAGAACCUGGGCUACUGCGAGUGCUGUCAUGAACCCUUUAAGGACCAGGAUGAGGUAAGACGUGUGUAUCCAAGUCUGUGUUUUUGUCUCUUAGUGCUUUUGUCUCUGUGUUUUGUCUGUCUGUUAAUGUCAAUAUUUUGUUUGUCUGUCUUUGUUUUGUCUGUUUCUGUAUUGUCUGUGUCUGUUCAUGUCAAUGUUUUUGUCUGUGUUAAUGGUUUGUCUGUAAGCCUGUGUUUUUGUAUGUGUCUGUGUUUUUGUCUGUAUUCUGUCUAUUUCUUUCACUCUCCUCACUGUGUUAACUCUUGUCUGGCAGCACUUGCAGUCGGCUCAGCAUCGUGGCUUUGUGCAGGACCCCUCCCACUACAGCGUGUUGGACCAGCUGGUGGCUGACAUGGAGCCGGGCUUCGCCCCCUGUCCAGCCUCAGAGUCAGCAGCCACAACACUGCUCAGGUGAGGGCCUGUCCACUAACGUGGCAUUGUCUUACGUCAGUUGGCGUCACUCCUACGCAACGCUCGUCCCCCAACAGACCGUUCUUGUAAGUCCUGGAACUAAUAUGUAGUGGAUUUCCUAUUCAAAAUAUAUUAGAAAGCAUCUGCCAUAGAAAAUUAAAACAGUUCCUAAUUUCUGAAAUUACUGCGCUCUCCUAUGGCUAUUUAUGAAACAGGCAGAAUAGCUAGCUAAAUUGCACAUUGUGACAGUGAUUUAGUAAUUUGCAAAUAAAAACAAAGCGGUGGCUACCUCCUGCAAAAAUGAUGUGCAAGCACGUCGGCCGCCAGUGACUUGAUCAGCUGCUUAGCUAACUUGUUGUAGCUAGCUUACUGACAUAGACCUUUGCUGACAUGCUUAGCUUGUUUAAAUUACCCUGAAGUUGUAGCUAUACACGCUGUCCCAAAAUUAAGAGGGACUGUUAUCAGAAAUUAGUCCGUAGAUCAGCUUGUUUCUCCUCGUUCGCUUAGCUACUUUGCAACGUUGGGUCAGCUGAGCGCAGCAGCAUGUGACUCCGGAAGCUACUGCACUCACUCACGGCAGAACAGGCAGCUGCUGCUUCAUGAAAACUCAUAAAACAUUUUUGCUACUGCAGUAGCUUGCUAGCUAGUGUGCUUUUCCUUUAAGCUAGUUUUCAUGCAAAUUGUCAAACUUCAGAAAUACUGCUCCAUCCUUGAAGUACCAAACUCCUGAGCUAAAAUGUUGUAACUAAGACUUCCAAAAGAAAGCCACCAUUAUACAGAUGUAUUGUUUUAGAUUAAUUCAGACUGUUUUGAGGCAGAAAUGGGGUUCAGCAGACAAUGUUACCUAGGUAAUAUUUUUGAAUGUUAUGACAGCACAUUGUAGCCAAACUACUUUUGAUCUAUCCCAUUACUCUUUGCAAGAUAUGAGACAUAUCGUUGCAGGCGGAAUCGUCACGCUAUCUGACAUAAGACAGUGCUAACACAGGGUUUAGAAGUACCCUGCUACUGUAAUGCGAUCCAAAUGAUAAUGGAUGUUGGAUUAAAAUCACUAAACAUUGUACCAUGCCAUACCAUUCACAUGUGAACAAAAUAAGAAACUCGCACUCUGCUCUUUAAAGUAUCACUGCUGUUUAAUAAGCUUUACGUAUCGGCCUCAAUGUGUGAGUGCCUUUUGAAUUUUGAAUACCAUUCACAUGUACCAUGGUUAUUUCUCAGAAAUGUUCUCUGCUAACAGACUAUCAAAAAUAUAAAUAAAUAUUCUAAAAUGGAUGAAAUAACAGAGUGGUUUUGUGCUUUCUGCUGCCCUAUCAGGUUGGAGACCCCCCCACUUCUACUACAACUGCCCCACAGCCCCUCUGAGAUGCAGACGCACAGUGAGACAGAGCACGCCAUCCAGGCCCUGCUUACCCAAGGCUCACCGUCCAACUCCCUGGACCCGGCCCAAAGUCCUCCCACUCCGAGCCUAGUCCCCCUGUCAUCCCAUGCCCAGCCUCUCUCCCACUGCCCCGGCACCCCCAGCCUACUCCUGCUGCCAUCCCACCCACAGCCUCUCUCCUCCUGCCCUGACAACCAGCCUCCCUCCCCCGACACCCUUUGUCAGUCCCCCACCUUAGCCCCCCUGCCAAACUACUCCCAGCCCCUCUCCCCCUGCCCCGACACCCAAUGCCAGCCCCCCAGCCCCUAUUCCCAGCCUCCCACCCCUAACUUAGCCCCCAUACCAUCCAACCCCCAGCCUCUCUCCCCCUGCCCAGAUACCCUAUGCCAGCCCCCCACCCUAGCCCCCCAGGCAACCUACACCCAGCCACUCUUCCCCUGCCCUGACACCCUAUGCCAGCCCUCCAGUCCCUACGCCUAUCCUCCUGUCCUCAGCCCUCAAAUCAUGUUUCCCUUUGAGCCCAUGUCCCAACCCGACAGCCCCUACUCUCAGCCCCCGGUCCUCAGCCCCCAGGUCCUGCUUCAGCCCUCCACUCCUCACCAUCCCACAGAGGAGGAAGAUAUGAAGAUUGACAGCCCUCUGUCAGCAUCCACAGAGGUGGAACCAAUCCCUCAGACUGUCCGAGGUCGGUCUCGCUCCCUUCCUCGGCUCUGGAGCACUGCAGAGAACCAAAAGAAACGCAGCCGGUCAGUCAGUCCUGACCCCAAGGCCUGCAAGAGGAGAAGGACCUCCCUGGCCAACCGUCACAAAUCAAAACCCAUCUGGGACUUCAACAGUGCUGGUUGGACAAGGAAGGAACACCAGCCCUUAAUCCCAUCGACAUAUACUGGCAACGGACAUGAGUUUGUGGCUACGGUCUGCUCCCUGCCCAAAGAACUAGGAACUGUAGAACAAAGACCAACCCCAGAUCAGCUGGAAGUGAAGGGAAUAUCACUGGUGCCAACAAAGACACAAGAGAGCAUAAACAAAGUUGGGCACGGGGUGGGCAUCCAAGCAGCCAACCACUGUCACUCUGUGCCCAUUUUUGGCCUGGGGCAUGCAAUAUGUCCUUCGUUGAAGGUAGACAAGAUAACCAGUUGGCCCCCAGUGGAAGUGUUUGGUACAAACCACCAUGUUUUUGCCACAUCCGCUCGCUCUUAUACAAUGAGCUUCCCCCGGCUUCCUCUACAGUCCACAGGCAAUCCCUCAGGUCUUACGGAUCGUUCCAUCUUCAUGGACGGGGGUGUUCUCCAGCAGCACAACACGGUGACUCCAAACAUCAGCGCUUCUUUCCCUCCCAAGCUUCUUCACCACCCAUCAGAUAGACCGACCCACUGCCCCCCCUCCAGCCAGGACGUCAACCCCUGCCACUCCCAGUCCUUCUCCUCCGUCUGCAUCGAGUCGGCCCUGAUCCCCGACCUGGCCACCCCCUCCGACUCGGACUCAGACUGGGAAUGCGAUCUCAUGUCCCGCCUCGGCCCCCCUGCCGCCGCCUCCGCCCCUUCCACCCUUUCCCUCCCGCACCCAGAGGGGAGCCACCACCAGCAGCUGGACUUGGAGCUGCUACAGAGACCUUGCAGCACCUGGACGCUGCACGACACCAGCUAUGAGUCGCGUCUGUGCUCUGUGUUGCAGCAGCCCCUCACCCCGCCACCAGACCCCUCUCUAGCGUUCUCCAGGACUGUGAUGCAAAGUCUAGAAGUGACUCAGCACUGA